AUGGCUCAGAGUUCUGAUGUGCUGUCGCGGCGGCAGCAGGCUCUGCAGGUGGAAAGCCCGAAGAUUGGCCAGCUUCUUACGGAGUACGGGAAGUUUCGAGUGGAGGAGCUCAAGAAGGGCAAAGAAAUCCCGCCGGAAAUGGUCCGCCGGAUGAAACUCUUGGUCAACCAGGAGUUCCGCAUCGUUAAGCAGAGCCGGAUUCUGAAAGAGGUCUUGGAUGAGAUUCUUCGCGCUUGUGAAAGAGCAGAGACGGUACCAGACGCGGAGCUCCAGGAGAAGCUUCAAGAUGUACAGGAAUACUACACUGACUUGGCGGAGUCCAAUCAGGCACGUAAGGACAACGUAAGCUGCAUCCUCGGUGCCGAGCAAGAGCACUUUCAAAAAUUCCGUAAGCUCCAUGAUGAUGUGGAUUGGGAGCGCAAGACUUCCGGUGUGUUCUCUGGCUGUGGGGCUGCUGCAGGCUUGGCUGUAGGCCUUGCAGCCGCGUGUCCUGUGACACUUUUGGGCGUAGCACUCUUUACGGCUAUCAGUGGAGUGGCAACUGCGGAGCAUCGCUCUAACGCCAUGCGGCUUCAAGAAUCCUUGGUUAAAGACAUGGAGGCCAAAAACGUCCCGAUGCAGUAUUUGGAGACCUUGGCAAAGAAUUUCGAUGACAGCAUCGCGAGGCUGGAAAUCGAUGCCGGCAAGGUCUCUGGCCGAUCUGCGAGGAUCAAGCGCCGGGUGGACAUGAUGUUGGAAGAGAUCCAGGGCAUUCAAGUGUCUGCGUGCCAGAACUUUGUGGGCUUGGCCAGUGAUCCGACCCUCGCAGCAGCCUUCGGCAUUACAGAGACAAGACGGCUGCUAGAGGUACAGAAAGAGCUCCGGACUGCGGCCGGACUUCAGGACCUGCAGAACAAGUUGCAAGACAUGCCGGGCUCUUUGCUGAAGAUGGACGUGCAGAAUGUGAUCUACCGGUACUUUGCGGAGAGUGCACGUUUGUUCAAAAAGAUCCAGCACAGCAUCCGCAGUGGAGAAGCAGAGCUAUCAGUGUUUUGUGACGGUGAAGAACCAGAUGCUGACGACAUGCGGCAAGCUUUUGAGGAGUUUCGCCAGGCAGUGGAAGCCUUCAGUUGCUGGACAAAGGAUCCGAGAGCUGCAGCUGGAGAUGAUCUCAACGACAGGUUUGACAAGGAAAAUCGUGAUGAAAUGAAAGCUGCAGCCGGUGGGGCAGUUGUCGCAGCCGGGACUGGUGCCGUGGCUGCUACGGCUGGUGGCCUUGGCUGUCCUGUUGCCGUCCUUGCUUCCGUGGGCGCCGCCAUCCUGGGUGGCAGUGGCAUGCUGCUGCAGCACCCGGGGGGAAGUUGCGCAGGUGUGCGCAAAGGGAUUCGCGAUGUGGUGAUGUCAUCUUGGCAUGACGCUGGACGAGCAGAAGAGGACAUCCUGUCAUUCCUGUCGCGUUGGCCGGUGGGGUUCCACCAGAUGUCAUUCCCGGCGGCGUUGCAGAGAACCAGAGACUUCAGAGAUGAAUUGGACCGCUUUCUGCAGCUCCUGCAGAUGGAGGGCUUGAUCUUUGACCCGUGCAGCAGUUCAUCCCGGUUCCAGUGA